CAACGUCCGGACGUGGAUUAAAUCUUUACACGAGUCGCAAAUAGGACAUUGACGGAAGCAAACUCACGAUUCGUAAGACAGCGAACGCCACGAACGAUGUCGAUUAAUCGCUCGGCACCACACGGGCUGUUACCGUAUUACCCCACGAGCGCGCGUUUCGCGUGUAUUUUAAAGCAAAGAGUUGCGGGAAAUCGUCUUGUCGUCCGGUCGAUUUGUUUAUACCUGUGUGCAAUCAGAGUUGUAGGGCUUUAAUUGGCGACCGCGCGCCAGUGUGUGGUGCGUCUUACUUUAAUUGCGGGUCUCACUAUCUGGAGAUUACGGUAAAGAAUCUCCGGCACGGCCCAAUCGAGUGAGUUGACGAUUACGAUUAACCACCGGUCGAUUCUUCGUCUCGAUUGUUGUUGUUUGUUGACGUUGUUGUCGUCGUUGGCGAUUUCUCGCCGCCGCUCGUCUCCGUUCGUCGUCCCAAUUUGAUUUUUUUAAAAACCGACAGCGAACGAACGAGAGACAACUCUCAAACGAGAGAGCGCACCCGUCGAUUCGACGUAACACUCCGCGUGUUGGAGUUUAUUCGACGGAUCGAUCCACCGCGUGUGUCCUUUAAGCGGCGGCGCUUUUUGACUUUAGCGCCUCGCGGUUUCAGAGAGGUGGAAAGAAACGAAACAAGACCAGUGACCUCCUCAGCCGACAAAUCUCUCUGGGUCAUGGCUCGUUACCUGGCUCAGAUCGUCAUGCUGGGCGCUCAGGUGGUUGGCAAAGCGUUCUCACGGGCCGUGCGCCAGGAAUUUGCAGCGAGCAGGGCAGCAGCAGAGGCGCGCGGCCGUGCUGGAAGGCAGUCGGCCGUCGCCAGCGGCAUGACCGGUCUGGGCCUGCAGGAGGCCAAGGACAUCCUGAACGUGAGCAAGUUGGAUGCCGCUGAGAUACAGAAGAAUUACGAGAACCUGUUUAAAAUGAAUGAAAAGGCUUCAGGAGGGUCCUUCUACCUGCAGUCUAAGGUGGUAAGGGCAAAGGAGCGUCUCGAUGAGGAGCUCAAGAUCCAGGAGAUGGAAAAUCAGCAGAAGACUUCGGAGACGGGAACCUAGCAGGACCUGAUGACACCCAUGUCUACAACAUCACUGCAACAACCAGCCCUACAACAACAAAGCAAUACCCAUCGCUAAAACCAACACAGGAACAGAGUACCCUCACUGAAUACACAUCAUUGUGCACCACACUGCAUCACAGCACUAAAAUACAGCUCUGGAACCCAGGGAAGGGCUUGGUACGUGACGGUUUUAGAAUAUAUUUGUUAUAUAUGUCAUUCGCAGUGAACAAUACUAGGAAAAAAUAAAUGUUUGACAUAAUAAUAAAGUCAAUAUUUAUGGUAAACUUUAUCAUGCCCAUCCAGGAUUUUUUUUAGUUGUACGAUUUUGAAUUACAACUAUGUUAUAUAAAUAUGUAAGUAAAUAAAUAACAUUUUAUCUGAAUGGAGAUUUACAGCUAGCUGCUAAAGCCAAUCAAAGAAUGGAGCUUUCAGAAUAUUUUGGGUGUUCUCAGCAUCCUUGGGAAUGCAGCGGAAGAGCCCGAGCCAGCUUGUUUGAUCAAGCAACCGAAUAUUUCGUGCGGACAGGCACUGACAACCAACGUGACAAGCCGGUCACAAGUGGUGAACCUCUUAUGAGGUCAGCAGAGCGAAUGUAAAUGCGAUUUUCCCCGUUAAGUGUUUACGAAAUUCAUGAGUGCCGCACGUGCCAGUUCCCCUUCCACCAUUGGUUGGCCGGCGAUGUCCGUACUUACUGCUGCACCCAGAUUAGUGCAGCCUUCCAUAUCGUAUGGAAUAUUUUCAUGACCACUUACAUCGCGAUUAGGAAUUAAUUCGCCAACAAACAGUACGGGGAUACUAUAAUGUAGGUAUUUGCGGUUGUGGAGCCAGGAUUUCAGGCCGGGGUGACAUUCAACAAAUUUUUAUUUCAAGAAUGAUUAGAGAGGCUGUUGAACUAGACGCCAUCGGUUGGCGACACACUCUGACAAUGCAGUUACACGGAGUCCGCCAGACCGAGUGUCGUACACUUAUACGCAGAAUGGCACCCCUGUCACCGCCCCUGGGUAUUUGCGGUUGCGCUGUGUUCUCCACAACGGACAGCUGUUAAGCCGCAAUGAUGACUGCACUGCCACCAUCUUUGUAUCUGGUGACGACUUAACUUUUCUAUGUUAUACCUGUGUUUGGAGUGCCAUUUGAAAUUAACACAAGAUAGCUCUCAACCACGUAAUCCCUCUCGAGACUUCCAAGUUACAUGUGGUCGGAUUGUCAUGGGUUUGCUGUGGACCAGGCGGUUGGCUUGGCACUUGGGAUGGACUGACAAUUUCGUAGCAGAUUCUUGGGUGGCUUUUUAAAAAAAAACUUUCUAUAGUGUGGUUUCCAAAAUUCCAGUCGUCUUGAGCCACUAGGUCCGUUAUUUCCACAUUUAUCAACCGUUUUCAAAUACAAAUCCUCAACACACGCUCCAUUUACCCAAUGAUUAAUUAAUAUGGCCAACGUAACGGUACAACCUUUUGCAAAUUCGCUGGAUGCAGGAUUCCCCUCCACGCCGGGUUGUUUACGUCGCCGAGAUCGGAAGUACGAGUUGAAGUGAGGUGGUUCGGACCACUCACCACUGAUGUUAGCCAAGGCCGGGAAUUGAACUCAUGGUGCAGGGUUCACUCAAAGCAGGGCGUUAGCCACUGCAACAGAGCUUGCGUCCCAUAAGCUUAUUCGAUAUAUUCAUUGAAUCGGCACUCUUCGCGGCACACCAGACGCACAAACGAGAUCUCCGUUGGUUGGAAUAAUUAAUCAAGGUUACGUGGACAGGUGCUUACCGAUCAGAGCACGUAACAGCAACAUGGCAAAUGUGGGAUGACGGACCGUGGGAAGUUUGGAUAGCCAUCCUCUUGGGAUCUCACAGGCUGCUAUGGAUGCGUUCAUUGUUAUCCGUGCUUAAGUUCACAGCUGUACACCCGUCUUGAUACGUGUUGCUAAACACCGAUUGUGAAUGAAUCCUUGUGUUAAAGUUCUGUACACAUACAAUAAAUGAUGCACUUCCGUGAAGCCCCAUCAUCACGA